GCCACCACGCGAUGUUUAGACGCUCCAACAGACGACACACGUCAGUGCUUCGAUGGUGCCGAAAUGUUCGCAUUUAUUAACAGGAGCAAACGUGUGAAUAAACCUCACGCAAUAUUACGCUUUGUACGAUGGUUCUGAUCACAGUAGCAUAUGAGGGGUCAUUUCCUCUCGUUAUCACGAGUGACAACAGGAAUCGGUACAAUAGCCUCGAAAACAACAGAAAGUACCAGAAUAAAUGAACAGGUGGAGAUACGUGUUGUACUCGCGGCGCGGAGAAAUCCCGAUGGUUCGUUGAGAAAGUUCCGCAAGUGUCCCGCGUCUGCCUAGUCCGUCACGGUCUAACCGAGCAUCAGCUCGAACCUGUGAGACGUCGUUUACUGGCAAGGGUGAGGCAAAACGUCGACGCAUAUGUCCAUUUCAUAGAAUGCAGGCUUACGCAUAAAAACGUCGCUUCUUGAGACACGUGCGUGCAGAGCCUCGACACACUGUGUCACCGUGCAUCGCGUGAGUGUCCACCAGAGGUGGCAUUAUAUCAUUCUUUCUACAGCCUCCACCGAGCACCAUAACAAAUUAAUGGUGCACACUUGUUUCGGCGUGCUUGUGCCGCACGACUUCCCGCAUCUCUCUACGUCAGCACAAACAGAAAGGCACGUAGAGGAGUCAGGACGCUUAACGAAGAGUGGAACGACGUUUCUCUACUCUGUGCCACGAAGAAGGAGUGCGUGCUCGUACGCUUUAAGAAGUUGCUUCAGCGAUUUCUCAGAAAUCUCGCGCUGCCGUCGCCUGGUCCAGAGGACAACUCCGCUGCGGCAGAAAUCGAUUGUAAUGGCGUCCGGCACCAGUAACGGUGCAGACGUGUUUCUCGGCAACCGUACCUCGGAGUUGCUGGCUUGUUCUGCGAUCACCUCGUUUUCCGCCUUGGUCCACCAUGCGGUCCGCGGUUUUCAGCGUUUACCGUUACAUGCAGGAGAGUACCGUUAUAUUCCGUGAUCGAAUGUCCCCUCAUCUCUCGGUCCUUCUCCGUUUUGCGGCGUUGGAGGACGCUUUCUCCAAGCCAUGUGCUUUCGGAUGCAACGCGCGAGUCGAAAGCCACAAACUGUAAACGGAGGACUCCGUUCCUCAAACCGAGAAUCCAGUAAGCACAACCCGUUGUACAGGGACUCUUGAUAACACUCACACCACGGAAAACUGCAUUGUUUGCCAGUUGCCAACGUCGAUCGCCUUCGUGUGAUGCUGGCGAGUGCGUGACUCUCACAUUCUCCCAAGGUGAUUCGAAUUUCCCCCUCGCUCACAUGACUUCUCCGGAAUGCCGAGAUUCGCUCUCCGGUGACAGACAACCCGAUCGACAACGUCACCUGGCAAACAACACACUUUUCCGCAGUGCAACUCACACCGAACUGCAGCUGCUUUCGUCGCACCUAGCCGCGUUUCAUUAAAAGUUUACCCUUUUUAACAGUGUAGCUGCUCUUGGCGCGUGGAACCGCGCGUCUGACGCACAGGUAGUCACCAUCGCCCCUUGAGUGGUUUAUUGUUACUCCUCUGAAAUGAAGAGGAGUCCUCUGUUUCCAGCGUGUACCGUGUUGCUUUCCGGAGCAUAGCGCGAUGUUUUCGCUAUAUUCGGUGACCUAUCCCUUUUUUACCGCAGUCUGGUCUGCAUAUACGGCUCUCUCUGUGUAAAGGCGAAGAUGCACAUCACCUCGAUCGAUUAGGGCGAUCUUCAGCGCUGCGGCUUUUCGCGAGACAACAGAGUCUUCACACAAAAGCAGAAGAAAGCUUGUCACCGGCAGUCGUCGCUGACAGGUGCGACGUCGUCGGCACCGUGUAAAAACUGUUCAGGGGGUUCGUGGCGGUAGGGAAGGUAAACCCCCCGAGACACAGACGGCGGUAGCCGUUAUUUCGCUUUUCUGCGGAAAUAGUCUUCUUCGAAGAAAGCAGUCGCACUGAACGAGAGAAACCGCGAGGAAAACGCCGAAGAUUCGGCGUACACAUGGUCGGCGACGAAAGAAGUCGGGGGUUCGGGUGCUUGCAGCACGGGAAGCGAGCUAAGCCCGCUGAGCAGCCUUUUCCUCCCGUCCUUGAAUUCUCCCACUUACACGUGGCGUUUGUCUGAAAGACAUGUGGCUUUCUUUUAUGCGUUGAAAUUGCCAGGCUUCCUCGUCGCUUUUUUUCCCGAAUCCCCUGCGGUUCACCCAGCUGCUCUCAUCCUGACACGCUCCAGAAUCGAUCCUAGGCUUCUACGGAAACAGCGUGGAAAGAACGGCGGCCUGGCGGUGUCGUUUUCCGUUUUUCACGUCUUCCACCCAGGACUCUUCGUUUCGCUUUCUCCCGCUUAUUUUGAGUCUUGUCAAAACCAGAGUUUUGCGAACCUGACCGCAGCCCCUGCGUCCGUGUCGCUGCCCAGAUUACUUCGCUCCCGCCAGGCGGACCGCACUCGUUGGCUGUGUAGUUCCCCGACACACAGUCGUGUUUUUAAGCUGUUUUCUCCAGUUUUCAGCGUUUUCCGGUGCUUGCUCUUCCUUCAUCACGCCAGGUCCCCUCCAGAAACGCGUCCUCUCCGAACCUUCCCGUCCACCUCGGUGACCGAAACAGCUCCGCAGCCACGGCGGUUGCGAGCUGCACCGGUCUCAGCUCUUCAUUCCACCGUUUUCUGCGGCGAAAAUCCGACGACUCGGAACUUAAAGCGAGCAAGGAUGGGGCUCUUCUCCUUCGUGUCUUCGACAGACGUCUUCCGCUCUGCGUCUUCACGUUUGGUUGACACCGCGCACAACUCGGCCCAUUUCGAGAGAGGUUCUUUGCCUCAACGCUUCUCGCGUCUGCUGUCGCGCCAGUUCAGCGAGGGCGCUUCUCCGAGUGGUUUCUCGCGCUCCGGUCGCUUCCGGCCAGUUUCCGUUCUUCAAAAUGCGGUUUCUCGACGCACCGGCCUUGACGCGCCUCUCGGCUUUGCUUCAACACUUGGACGUCGGGGAUCGCGUGAUUCGCGGACGUCUCGAGCUUCUGUCCACAUGCAGUCAGUCUUGCAUCGAGCGGAGACAACUCGCGGAAGAGAUCGAGAAGGAGAUUUCCUCUUCGCCGCUCUUCCUCGCGUCGUCGUCCCCGCAGCCGAUCCUCCUUUCCUCGCCUCACGGAGCUCGAGCGGCGACGCUGCGCGGCCCGCGAGACGGCCGCGGCGAGAAGGACGCGUGCAAAGAGGGCGGGUCGAGUCCGAACUCGCGCAAAAAACGAAAAACCAGCUGUUCGCCCUCGUCUGCCUUCUCCUCGCCUGCCUUCUCCUCGCCUGCCUUCUCCUGCACCGCCUUCGAGCUCCCUCCGCGACAACUGGAUCUUCCCAGGAAGCUCGACGACUCUGGCGAGGAGGAACGCGCGGUGGAGAGCGAACCGCCGCGGAGUCGAAGCGCUCGCGGUCGGGGACGGAGAGCAGACUCGGGGCAGACUGAGGAAAAGGCGAAGGCUCUCCUGGGGAAGAAAGAAGGAGGAAGCAAGGGCCAACACACUCGAGGAAAUGCCGAGAAAAACGACUCCGAGACGCUUUCAGACGACGAAGAACACGAUGGAAAGGACGUCCUCGUCAACCUCAUUGGCGCACUCAACCAGUGCUUCCCAGACUACGAAUUCUGCAGCGCAUUAACUCCGGCGAUGUUCGAGCAAGCUGCUCGUGUUGAAGAUGUACAGGCAGAAAUUAACAGACGGCUUUGCGUCGUCGAGCGCGUCGUUCCAGGCUUCCUCCAACAACUCUGGGCUGCCAUCAAAGCGAGCAUUCGUUUGGAGUGUACGGACAUUUACUUUUUGCGUGUCGGGAGCAGCGACGACCCGGCGCCCCUGGUGAUGUACGACCCUGCGUCUUUCUCGAGUGCUUCGUCUUUCGCUUCCUCGGCUUCGUUUUCUUCUCUGUCUGGCCAGUUCCUUCGUGCGGGAGGCGAGGACGAGUCUCAACAAGGAGAGGACUUGAGCGAGAAGUCGGAAAACGUCUGCGAGAGAAGACGCAGAGAGGGCGGCUCCCUCGCGCUGCGAAAGACCCGCAGAAAGGCCUCGCUGACUUUCUCGAAGCCGCAAAACGACGCCCCCGUCUCCGGCGCAACAGGCAGCGGCUGGAGUGAUGCGAACAGCAUUUCCGUGUUCUCGCUGUCCUUUUUUUUCCAUGACCGAAGUGAAGAAAAACUCCUGUUCUUCACCUGCAACUGCACCUGCAAAGCCGCCCGCGACCUCGAAGCCGACGCCGCCGACCUCGAGGAAGAAAACGACAUCGGUGACAUUCAUCUGACGCGUGCUGCUUUUGGCCUGGACGACAAAGUUCACGAUGACAGUCCCGCAGGAGAAGAGCGAGAUGAUCUCGGAGAAGAAGAUCCGGACACUCUCAGCGAUCUGGAGUUGCCUUCGUCAGCCUGCGCCUAUGCGUGAAAGAAUACUUGCAGAUCCUUCCCUAUGCAUGUGCACAAAGGAUUUACGCAACAUUCGCACGUACACAUCUAAAGUAUUCAAAGCGACGUAUAGACUUACACAGACAUUUGUACAAACCUUCAUACGUAUGUAUAUAGGUGUAUGCACAUACAUAUUCAUAUACAUAUAUAUAUAUAUAUAUGUAUAUAUAUAUAUAUAUAUGUAUAUACAUAGAUAUAGAUAUAGAUAGAUAUGCUCAUGCAUGUGUGUGUGUCUAUAUGUAUUUCUAUGUAUAUAUCUAUCUAUAUAUAUAUAUAUGUGUGUAUGAAGAUUGGGAAAAGUAUGUCUGAGGUGUCACUCGGUGUGGGUUUACUGUAUCAUAUAGCGUUUUCACUGUAUUGGCGGUUUCUCUGUGAGUUUCUGAUGAAGAACAGAGAAAAUGGUGUCUCUUGUCUUUUAUUCGACCAACGACAGUUUUGAAACAUGUCAGAGGGGGGUGGGAGGGCGCGGCGACCUUGGUCUUCACUCGCUUUUGCCGAAAGGUCGGCUUCUCUGCAUGCGUACGUUUCUGCACAUCUCUUUCAAGCUGGAGAGGUCCCUGCGUCUUUUUCUUUCUGUUUCUGCAGACGCGUGCAUGUCUGUCUGCAUUUUUAGGGGAGUGCAAUGUAUGUGUAUUUUCACGGGGAGGGGGGAGGGGAGUUGCUUUCCUUGUUCGACGGAAAGACAAAAAAGUGUAGGUCCUUGCGAGAAAAGAUCUGUGUGUCGUCCACCGUGUUCGUAGACUGGGGAAAGACGAGUGAAGCGAACCUGUUCAAGUGGGAAAGAUUUGCGGAAUCUGUUCUUUUAAAAGCGGAAGUGGAGGCCGCGACCUGUGGGAUGUCUCGAAACCUCGUCGCUUGGCUAGCUGGCCGUGUGCAUGCCGUCGAGAAACUGUCCGCAGAAAAUCUUUGUCGGACGCGGCUUUCAUCAGUGGGGACCGAGAAGAUAAUGCAUUUUCAGCGUCUUGGAUUUCGUAACCGUCCGUGAGAAUCUUUUCCCCUGUGUGUGGCGCUCGUCUCUGCUCAUGCGCUCCCCCUCACGCCAUGGACUGCUGCGAACGUAGAAAACCUGUUGAGUUGAAAACAGAUGCUGAAGUCACGACAAGCGUCGCGCGGUGCCUCGUUCCAGGGGGGCUGUGGAAGCCUGCAAAGUGAGGCGCGGAUGUAAAAUUCAGUAAAGCGAAACGGAGCAUCCUAGUUGCAAGACCUUUUCUCCAGAAAGAAGAGAGAAGCGAGAGCACGAACGCGCGCGCGUCUUUGCACCCUUGAAAUCGCGCCGUUUACUACUCUCCCCAAAAGAAGACAGCGCAGUGCAACAUCCACGCCUGCGCUACUCAACGCGGCACCAGGAAUGCGACCUCUGAAAAAGUAUGUGUACUUUACAACAAGGAGGGCGCGUGUGGGGAUCUAUUCUUGGUGAAAAGACUUUCCAAAAUAUAGAGGUGCCUAGUCGGACUCCGGGUGUCGAUCUUCGAAGUCGGUGUUGACCGCGUCCGAGUUCGGCUGUGCCAAGAGAGAUUCAUUCUUGAGGAAAUGCACAAGUCGUAAAGUCGCGCGCCUUCCGUCAUUCCCAAGGCUUUCUGCCUUUUUCCUCCCAGACACACAGCUGUCUUCACACGGUCCAAAACACAGAGACCCAUCGUGAGCGUCUGUGCAUUUCUGUGGGUGUGUCCAGACAGACGCGUAUUCAUGGACAAAUCGACGUAAUGAAUGUGUGAUGUCUACACAGAGAGAGAGAUGGUGAGGCAGAUAAAUGACGCUCUCAAGGUCUUCACGUAUCUCUAUAAAUGCAAGUCGACUUCAGAACAAUGUAAACAUAUAUAUAUAUAUAUAUAUAUAUAUAUAUAUAUAUGCAUAUUUGCGUGCGAGAAUAAAUGGACAAAUUAGUACUAUGUUUAUGCGAAAAUAAAUAAACAGAUCAAUACAGUAUUUAUGCGAACAUAAAAAAAUUAUAUAUCGUAUGUGAGCGAGCGCGCAGGUGGCUGAGACUGGA